GUAUCGAGGGAUCCUCAACUUACCAAAUUACCAGCGGAUAGAGAAUUGUAUCUUUGGUUUAUUAAUGAGGAUAAAGUUAAAAAGUCAGCACAUAAGAGAUUGGAUCCUGGAAUCAUAGUAAAUGAAAGUGAAGUUGAUUAA